CCGGUAGUAAGUGGUUUCAAAACCAGCGCGGGUGGAUAUCUUAUAGUAGUGUUUACAACACAACUACGAAGUAUGAAUAUUUUAUCGCAUUAAUAUGUUUGGUGCAGUCAAUUACCAACGCGGGGUUUUUUAUUUCCUAAGAAAAUGCCAACUACUAUAAGUAGCCUCCAUAAAACGGACUAAAAUGUUAAUGCCACCUGCGGUUUUUGAUAUGAGUCAAGUCAUGACACUUGACCGAUCUAUUUAGGUGGUAAAACUUCAGCACCGUGUUAAGCAUUUAGCUAAAAAAAACAAGAAAAAAUCCCGGAAAUAAUUUUAAUAUGUACAACCGUGCAGCUCUGAGCAGAGAGGAGGUGGAGCACUUCGCCUGGCGCAGAGUGCGCGCGGAAUUCAGCCCUUCCGGACACCGCGCGACUCGAGCGAGCGCAUCCGCGGCCGGCUGAGCGCCGCACGGACACUUGCGUCUGUCUACCGUUUAAAACAAUUCACACUGUCCUGCCUGAUCCACCUCUGUCACUGUUACAAAUUCGUAAAGGAAGAUGGUGUGUAUUGAAAGCUGAUGUGAGGAUCUGAAGCUCUGUUUCCACGGUGAUGAGCUGUGUGCUUUAAAAAUAUUGAAUAUUAUGGGCUGUGCUUGCUGUAAGCAGAGGAAGGCCAGUAAAGCUGUGUCAAAUCCCAACUCGUGUGACACAGGCUAUGGGACCCAGGCAUCAGAACCCUCCCGUUACAUCGUCGAUCCCACUUUUAACACUGGGAUGAUCCCAAACUUUAAUGAUUUUCCAAACUCUGCUCCCUCAUCCACUCUCAACCCGUCCCGCCCAGCCCCCAUCACAGGGGGUGGUGUAACACUCUUUAUAGCUCUUUAUGAAUAUGAUGCCCGUACAGAGGAUGACCUGAGCUUCCAGAAAGGAGAAAAGUUCCAUAUUAUCAACAAUACCGAGGGUGACUGGUGGGAGGCUCGUUCUCUGGACACAGGGAAGUCUGGGUACAUUCCUAGUAACUAUGUGGCCCCAGUUGACUCCAUACAAGCUGAGGAAUGGUAUUUUGGGAAGAUGGGCCGUAAGGAUGCAGAACGACAGUUGUUAGCGCAGGACAAUCCUAGAGGGACAUUCUUAAUACGAGAGAGCGAGACAACAAAAGGAGCAUACUCUUUAUCUGUCAGAGACUGGGAUGAUGCAAAGGGCGAUCAUGUCAAGCACUAUAAAAUUAGGAAGCUGGACAACGGUGGUUAUUACAUCACAACAAGGACACAGUUUGAUACCGUCCAGGAGCUGGUGGAGCAUUAUACAGAGCGUGCAGCAGGGCUGUGCUGCCGUUUGAUUGGCAGCUGUAGGCGGGGAAUGCCUAAGCUGGCUGACCUGUCAGUGAAGACUAAGGACGUUUGGGAGAUUCCCAGAGAGUCCCUUCAGCUUGUUAAAAAACUGGGCAAUGGCCAGUUUGGUGAAGUGUGGAUGGGUAGUAAUGAUGGUUUAUGUUGCUACUUGACUAAAGCCUGUCCAAAUGCCACGCCCCAAACGAUGGGUUUAGGACGGGAUGCCUGGGAGAUCGCCCGGGAAACGUUGCAGCUCAACAGGAAGUUGGGUCAGGGUUGUUUUGGCGACGUCUGGAUGGGCAUGUGGAAUGGCACAACUAAAGUUGCAGUGAAGACCCUGAAGCCAGGCACUAUGUCUCCAGAGGCCUUCCUGGAUGAAGCCCAGAUCAUGAAGAGGCUACGUCAUGAUAAACUGGUACAGCUGUAUGCCGUGGUGUCUGAGGAGCCCAUCUACAUCAUCACUGAGUUCAUGACUCAAGGAAGCUUGUUGGACUUCUUGAAAGAUGGAGAUGGCAGAAAUCUAAAAUUGCCUCAACUUGUGGAUAUGGCAGCCCAGAUUGCUGCAGGCAUGGCCUAUAUUGAACGGAUGAACUACAUCCACAGAGACCUGCGAGCUGCCAAUAUCCUGGUUGGAGACAGUCUGGUCUGUAAGAUUGCAGACUUUGGGCUGGCUAGACUCAUCGAGGACAAUGAGUACACAGCUAGACAAGGAGCAAAGUUUCCGAUAAAGUGGACUGCCCCAGAGGCUGCUCUUUAUGGUAAAUUUACCAUCAAAUCAGAUGUGUGGUCUUUUGGUAUCCUGUUGACUGAGCUCAUCACCAAGGGCCGAGUGCCUUACCCAGGGAUGAACAACAGAGAGGUUCUGGAGCAGGUGGAGCGUGGAUAUCGAAUGCCGAGUCCGCAGGGCUGCCCAGCAUCUCUGCAUGAGUUGAUGCUGCAGUGCUGGCGGAAGGAUCCUGACGAGAGGCACACCUUUGAGUACCUGCAGAGCUUCCUGGAGGACUACUUUACUGCUACUGAACCCCAGUACCAGCCUGGAGAAAACCUGUGAUAGACGCAUAUACACCUAAGUGCAUUAGUUCAGUGCUUCAGGAAAGAUGCAGUUGCCUUUACUUUCUAUCACAAUACCUUCAUAAACUGAUGGCCCUGCAAUCACAAGCUCCAAAUGAGCAUGCUUUAGUGCAAUUCCUCAUUCUGUGCUUUAACUUGAGAGCUUCAAACUAAAAAAAAAAAACUUUCCAAGAUACUGCUCUCAAACAGCAAGAUUGGGUCACUUAAGUCUGAGCUAAUACAGUGGUCAAUGUUAAUAUUGGUUCUUUAACUUAAAAUACAACAGCACAUAAUAAUACAGCAUGUUAAUGUUUUAUCUCUCCGUUAAGCAACAGCAAUUAGUUACCUAUUCAAUCAUAUUAAUACAUGCACCACUGUAUCUGUAUGUUCUGUCACGUGUAGACUAUUCAAGUCAUUUCUAAUGGGUGCCUAGUGAAGUUAUUCUAGCAAACAGAACAUUUUGCUCUGAUAUACAGGUGGAACAGAAAAUCUCUACUAGACAUUCAAAUGUGACCUGGAUAACUGAGAUUUUUUACAGACCUAUCUAAUUGGUGGUAUAUUUCGUGAUUAAUGUGAUAUACAGGUCUAAACUCCAAUCACAGAGAAAGCUCUUUCACCUCAAGAGCAAGGCUACACAAAGUUUUAUUUUUAUUUUCUACAUGUGAUUCAGCUUCUGAGUGGCCAUUUUUGAAUGUAACAAUUCAAUCUUCCUUUUUUUGUCUGGCAAAAGUAAAUUGAAUGCCAAAAAUGAAAUCUUGAAAUAUCAGUGUAUCUGUCUCAAUGCACAGCUGAACAGGAUGUGCCUUGAAAUGUCUUUAUAGUCUUGCAUUUGUUUCUCUGAGCCAUUUUCACUUAGCUAGUUGUGUUAUUGCUUUAUAAUAAUCCUUUUUGUUUAACUUUUAAGUUUAACUUUGAAGCUAACAAUCUUGUAUUAUCAUAUAAGAGAGCAAUUCUAUUAUAUAAUAGUGGGCUUUAUUGUGGUUUUAAAGAGACAGUAUUGACAUUCAGAAAAAAAAAUCAUAGCUGUCUUUUAAAAUGAGACGAAAAACUUUUUUUUAUUAUUUCGAUUCCUGCAUUUUACACUGUAUUGUACAUUUUACAUCAUCUCUCAGUGAUUUGGAUUAUAAUUUAAGUGGAUAUCAAACCUGUGCCUUUAUUCAGGGCUAGUGAUGUUCUACAGGGUUAGACUGUAACCCUGAACUAAAGAAUGUGUAUUACAGUUAUGUAAUGUUUGUGCCAUUUUAUUAUACUGUGCUUACUGAGCUGAACCCAUGCAUCUAACAAGUUUCUUUUACUCUGCAUGCACAUCAUACACUCUUGCAGAAUCUUGUAUAGUGCUUUAUGCAGUCUUUAUACAAUAUAGAUGGUUUUAAAGCAGUUUCAGUAAUAAACAGAAAAUAACAGAAUCUAUGAUGCAACAGGCAAAUCCAAAUUCUGCUGUGAAGAAUCUCAAAUAAACCCAAGUGUGCUUCAAAGAAAGAGACAAAUGCUCAAUUGCUCAAGGCUGCAUUCAUCUGCUCUCCAGUUUGCUGUCCACAAGAUGGCAGAAGAACCAUAAUGUGGAGUCUGGGAGAUGUGCAGGGUUUUUAGUAUGCUGUAUUGGUUUAUUAAUUAUCCUUCUGGGGUUUGUAGUCAUGAUGGUACAUUCCGUACCUGCACUGAGCUGGCACUUUGUUCUUGCUGCAGAUUUGAUUUUUACGUUUAUAAAUUAAACAGCUUGUUGCAUCUACAUUUUGCUGCAGCAGGGUAGCGUGUUCCUCUGCAGCCUCGGGGAUGUGUGUGUUGAUGAUUAAUUUCUAGCACAUUUCUGCAUUUGUCUGUUUAUAAAAAUCAGAUGUUACCAAAAAAAAAAAAAAAAAGGAAUAUAGGUGGUGGAGCAGGAACUUAACAGCUGUUUAGCUUCAGAUAUGCAGAUUAAUGUAGGUUGACUUUGUUUUGAGCUGAAUAUGUUCUUGCAGUCUGCGUUUUUAGAUCUUUAUUUAGAGUACACAUCUAUUAAGUAAACAUUUCUUCCCAAAGUGA